AUGGAAAAUAAUGAGAAGAUCGCGGAUUACUUUUCAAGAAUGCAAGUUCUUGUGAAUCAAAUGAAAACGUGUGGUGCUACUGUUUCAAAUCAGUUAAUGGUGGAGAAAGUGAUGCGGACUUUGAGUGCAAAGUUUGAUUACAUAGUUGUAACUAUUAAAGAAUCCAAAGAUCUCUUAAUAAUGAAGGUGGAGGAGUUGCAAGGAACUCUUGAGGCACAUGAACAACGUUUGGUUGAAAGAGACCAACAACGAGAGUCUGACCAUGCCUUGCAAACCAAGGUUGGUUUCAAGAGAGAUGGUGGCAAGAAACGGUGGAAGGGCAAAGAGAAAGUGCAAUAUAAUAAGGGUGGUGGUAGAGGAAAUACCUCUAAUAAUGGUCAUUCUGAUGGUGAUGAAGCUAAAACUUUAGAGAAGGAUGGUGGAAAGAAAAUAUGGAAGGGAAAAGGGAAGAAAAAUUUUGAUAAGUCCAAAAUUGAGUGUUAUAAUUGUGGUACAUGUGAGCACUUUGCUGAUGAGUGUAGGUCAGGCAAAGGCAAGAAGGGAAAUGAUGAGGCAUAUGUAGCAGAAUACGAAGAAAGCUCAGAGUCUAAGAAUGUUAUGCUUAUGGCUACUACAUGA